UAUGUACAUAAACGCAUUAAGAUUGGCAAAGGGCUGUCACAAUAUCCGUAACGGAGUUGAAAUUUAUAUGAUUUCAUUGGGAUGCGUCUCUUGCAGAAUUUUGAACUUGUUUGAAGGGGAGGCUGAACUCAAAAAUCGCACCAAGAUUAUAGGAUUUACUAAGUUUCCAACAACCAUCUUUCCGUAAAAGCCAAAAGAAGAAAUCACAGGAACACCCUUCUCCACGGUCCCUACCGCUUGCCUUCCCGCUACCCGAAAAAGAAAGAAAAAAACUGAAAAAAAUUUGUGAAUAGUUAGAUAUAUGCUAAAGAUUGAGGGCCGAAUGGCAGAAGAGAGCGCCAAGGAUGGGAAUGAAGAAGCAGCUGCAUCAGAGCAGGACGGCCUCUCUGCUCACUCCCCCUUUCAGCCUCCACGUUCUUCUGCAUCUUCACUUCCCAAGGAACUGCCCCAAGUAGAGCUGGAACUAAGAUUGCUGGAAGCUCUGGAGAUUUACCACCCUGUCAAAUUACAAGGCAUCAAAUGGAGAUCUCAUCAAGGAAAAUCAAGCCGGAUCAAGGACGGUCUUCGCCGGGACGAUCAAGCCAGGACAAGGGCGACCUCUUCAAAUCCAGCAUUUCCAAGGCAAGGGUUGCACAGGCACUUUGUCCUCUAUGGCUUGAUGGAAUACCUUAGGAGAAGGCUGAGUCGGAAUUUCUCUCCAGAUGAGGUGUUGCAGCUACUGGAUCGUUUCUAUAAUCUUGAAAUGCUGAAACCAGAUGAUGAUGAGAUAGAGGCAUUGGGUCAAGAGGAGGAAUUCAGCCUACCUCAUUCUGUUUUCAUGAUGAAAGAUGAUUGAGAGGCUGCCAACUUAUGGGUGUUGAGCUACAAUAAAGAU